AAGCCACACACACUUGCUUGUUUGAAAAUUGAGUGAGUUGAGUGCUCUGGCCUUGUUCUGGGAGUGCUUGUGUGUGAAAAUCCGGAGCUCGUUCUGCAGUUUCCUGGCGGCGCAGAUGUAAGCGGGGUUUAGAUUUCUUGCAGAGGCGGAACUCGCCUCCCGCUCCAAGACACCCCCAGCGCUGGGGCCCCACUCCAGCCUGUUUCUCCAGUGAGUCCAGGUCGGUUUUUCCUGGCAACUCUGUUGUGACUUCCAAACUUUCUGGGCUCCGGGCUCACUUGGUAAUUUGCCCCAGCAGCCUCCCGCUUGCUCUCCCCUGGAGCCUCAGAAAGCCACAAACACCCCAGUCACCGCUUAACGUGCUCACUGGGGACAGCGGGCGCGCAGCCUGCGCGGGGGGCAGCCGGCAGCGAUGAAACCGUCUUGGCUGCAAUGUCGCAAAGUCACUGGUGCCGGGAGCCUCGGGGGGCCCCUGCCUGGGUCCUCUCCAGCCCGGGGAGCCAAUGUGGCCCGCAGGGCGUACGUGGCCCCGGGUCCGUGGGGCGGUCUCGGGGGCCGGGGCUGCAGGGCGCUGUCCUCGGGCAGCGGCGGCGAGUACAGGACCCACUUCGCGGCCUCGGUGGCCGACCCGGAGAGGUUCUGGGGCAAAGCCGCCGAGCAGAUCAGCUGGUACAAGCCCUGGACCAAAACGCUGGAGAACAGACACCCGCCUUUCACGAGCUGGUUUGUGGAAGGAAUGCUUAACAUGUGUUACAAUGCCAUCGACCGUCAUAUUGAAAACGGUAAAGGUGAUAAGAUCGCGAUCAUCUACGACAGUCCUGUUACAGAUACUAAAGCAACUAUUACCUAUAAGGAAGUCCUGGAGCAGGUCUCUAAGCUGGCUGGUGUUUUGGUCAAGCAUGGCAUCAAGAAAGGCGACACUGUGGUCAUCUACAUGCCCAUGAUCCCACAGGCGAUAUAUGCGAUGCUGGCGUGCGCCAGGAUAGGGGCCAUCCACAGUCUCAUAUUUGGGGGAUUUGCAUCCAAAGAACUGAGCAGUCGCAUCGACCACGUAAAGCCCAAGUUGGUUGUUACAGCAUCAUUUGGCAUUGAACCUGGAAGGAGGGUAGAAUAUGUGCCCCUUCUAGAAGAAGCUCUACAAAUAGGACAGCACAAGCCAGACAGAGUUCUCAUUUAUAAUCGUCCAAAUAUGGAGACGGUUCCUUUGGCUCCGGGCCGUGACCUUGACUGGGAUGAAGAGAUGGCAAAAGCCCAAUCACAUGACUGUGUUCCUGUUCUUUCGGAACAUCCGCUGUAUAUUCUUUACACAUCGGGAACAACAGGGCUGCCGAAGGUAUUUGCUCUCUUAGGAAUAACUAUUUAUAGCAUCAGAUUUCUUUUGCACCAAGAAUAUGUGUGGUGGGCAGCUUCUGACUUGGGUUGGGUUGUUGGACAUUCCUAUAUCUGCUAUGGACCACUUAUACAUGGAAACACAACAGUUUUAUAUGAGGGGAAGCCGGUGGGAACCCCCGAUGCGGGCGCUUACUUCCGAGUGCUGGCCGAGCACGGAGUGGCCGCCUUGUUUACAGCACCAACUGCAAUUAGAGCGAUUCGUCAGCAGGACCCUGGGGCGGCCUUGGGGAAGCAGUACUCUCUGACAAGAUUCAAAACAUUAUUUGUGGCUGGAGAACGCUGUGAUGUGGAGACCCUGGAAUGGUCCAAAAAGGUCUUCCGAGUACCUGUCCUUGACCACUGGUGGCAAACGGAGACGGGAUCUCCAAUCACGGCCUCAUGCCUUGGAUUAGGUAACUCCAAGACACCUCCACCAGGGCAAGCAGGAAAAAGUGUUCCCGGAUACAAUGUUAUGAUUUUGGAUGACAACAUGCAGAAACUGAAGGCUCGGUGUUUUGGAAAUAUUGUGGUAAAGUUGCCGUUACCACCUGGGGCUUUUUCAGGACUGUGGAAGAAUCAGGAAGCGUUCAAGCAUUUAUACUUUGAAAAAUUUCCUGGAUAUUAUGAUACAAUGGAUGCUGGCUACAUGGAUGAAGAAGGCUAUUUAUAUGUUAUGUCUCGAGUCGAUGAUGUAAUAAAUGUGGCAGGUCACAGGAUUUCUGCAGGUGCCAUUGAAGAGUCAGUGCUUUCCCACGGUACCGUGGCAGACUGUGCCGUUGUGGGCAAGGAAGAUCCUUUGAAAGGUCACGUCCCCUUAGCACUCUGUGUGCUGAAAAAAGAUAUAAAAAUAACAGAGGAACAAGUUUUGGAAGAAAUUGUGAAACACGUUCGACAGAACAUCGGCCCUGUGGCUGCUUUUCGGAAUGCCGUGUUUGUCAAACAGUUACCCAAAACCAGAUCUGGCAAGAUUCCCCGGUCAGCUUUGUCUGACCUCGUCAAUGGCAAGCCGUACAAGGUCACUCCGACGAUUGAAGAUCCCAGCAUUUUUGGCCACAUAGAAGCAGCGUUGAAGCAGGCAGCGUGACUUUUUUUUUCCAAUGUGGAGUCAAUUUGGGUUAAUUUCCAAAUUAAAAUUAAGUUAUUUGCGUCCUUUCCAAGACAUGAAUAUUUAAAUAGAAAUUACUUGCGAAGAGAAAUGUGAAUUGUAAAACUUAGUCUGAGCAAAUGUAAUGGAAACUAGUGACAGGCCCGUGCCUUUGGGUCUGUUUCACCGGUUUUCACUGUUGUUGGCUGCCUGUAACAUGGUUCAUUACAUGUUCUCUACUGCUUUGGCUUAAGAAAAAGGUAUCUGGUACUAAGUAUGUGAAUGUUUCAAUGCAUACUCCUUCAAGAAAAAAAAAUUUUAAUUAAAUGUUAACACGAGUAGAGAGUGAGUGACUUUCUGAAAUCAAGAAUCUGCAGCAUUGAUCCCAAAUCUAAAACUCAAAUUGAAGUCGAAUAAUUGUUAGAAUUUUUCUUGUAGAAAUUCUGAAAAUUUUCUAAUUCUCUUUAGAUGCUCACAUUGUUUUCUUUU